GGGAGAGCGCGCUAGCUCAAGUUUCUCAAAGUCACUUUUGCACGGAGAAAGUAAAGAAGCAGGAACAGCAGCAGCACUGGAGUGAAAAUGAAUGGCCGCUGGUGCGUCCUGGCGCUCCUGGCGUUGCUAUGGCGAUGCGGAGGUGCUCAGCAGAGAGGUUUGUUCCCGGCUGUGCUAAACUUGGCCUCCAUGGCUAAAAUCACAGCUAAUGCCACGUGUGGAGAGAAGAAACCGGAAAUGUUCUGUAAACUGGUGGAACACGUCCCGGGACAGCCGGUCCGAAACCCGCAGUGCAGAGUGUGCAACCUGAAGAGUGACAAACCAUACGAGCGGCACCCCAUCGAAUACGCCAUCGACGGAACCAACAAGUGGUGGCAGAGUCCCAGCAUAAAGAACGGAAUGGAGCACCAUUAUGUUACCAUCACACUGGACCUUCAGCAGGUGUUCCAGAUAGCAUACGUCAUUCUGAAAGCUGCUAACUCCCCGCGGCCUGGGAACUGGGUACUGGAACGUUCUCUGGACGGCGAGAACUUCAUGCCGUGGCAGUAUUACGCCAUCACUGACACUGAGUGCAUCACUCGCUUCAACGUCAUCCCCAGAACCGGCCCACCGGCAUACACGCGUGACGAUGAGGUCAUCUGCACCUCCUUCUACUCAAAGAUCCACCCACUGGAGAACGGAGAGAUCCACACUUCUCUGAUAAAUGGCCGCCCCAGUGCUGAAGAUCCGUCUCCAACACUCCUGAACUUCACCACCGCGCGCUACAUCCGCCUCAGGUUUCAGCGUAUACGGACCCUGAAUGCUGACCUCAUGACCCUCGCCUUAAACGACCCCCGGGACAUCGACCCCAUCGUCACCAGGCGGUAUUAUUACUCCAUUAAGGACAUAUCAGUAGGUGGGAUGUGUAUCUGUUACGGCCACGCCAAAGCCUGUCCGCUCAACCAGAUCACCAAGAAACUGAGCUGUGAGUGUGAGCAUAACACGUGUGGAGAGAGCUGUGACCGCUGCUGCCCCGGCUACAACCAGAAACCCUGGAUGGCUGGAACCUUCCUAACACGCCACGUCUGUGAGAAGUGUAACUGUCACGGCAAAUCAGAGGAGUGUUACUACAACCAGACAGCGGCUGAUGGGAAACUGAGUUUGAACACGAAUGGCGAAUAUGAAGGGGGCGGAGUCUGUAUCGGCUGCUCUGAAAACACAGCCGGCAUUAACUGUCAGUCAUGCGUUGGCGGCUACUAUCGGCCGAGCGAGGUGAGUCCAGAGGACCCCUACCCCUGCAGACCGUGCUCCUGUGAUCCUAGAGGUUCUAUCUCAUCUGCAUGUGUACCUGAUGACACUCAGGCCAAUGCAGGUCUGUCUGCGGGCUGGUGCCGCUGUAAGCAGGGUUACGCAGGUGAGCGGUGCGACAGGUGUGCUUUCGGCUACACUGGAUUCCCUGAGUGCCAGCGCUGCAACUGCAGUGUGUUCGGCAGCAUUAAUCAGGACCCCUGCCAACUGCCGUGUGUGUGUAAGGAUAAUGUAGAGGGGGUAAACUGUGACCGCUGUAAGAUGGGAUUUUAUAAUCUCCAUGGAGACGGUUUCCACGGGUGCGAGAAGUGUUACUGUUCCGGAGUGUCCAGCCGCUGCAGGGAGUCGCCGUGGAGACGCAGUAACCUGACUGAUAUGUCUGGCUGGUUUCUGACUGGCGCGGAUGGGGAGGGGCUUGUGUGGGCGGUGCCUAACAGAGACACGCCCCAUGUUGUUUCUGUCAGACACAGAGAAGCCCAGCCUCACCUGGCCCGGCCCUUCUUUUGGAGCGCUCCGCCCUCUUACCUGGGAAACCAGAUGUUGGCGUACGGAGGACGUUUAACCUACACCGUCUCCUGCGACUCGGAGGAUGCAGACGGACUGAAUGAAUUCACAGACAGCUCUGAUGUCAUAAUUGAGGGCGGCGGUCUGUGUGAGGCGGGUCACCUGAAGCCCGGGAGUUUCCAGCACAUGAGCUCUGGUUGGCCGGUCAGUAAGAGAGAGUUCCUCACUGCCCUGGGGAAGCUGAGCCGCCUGCUCAUCAGAGCCUCCGGCUGCUGGGGAAACAGCACCAUCUACAGGUUGGGCUCGGUCUCUGUGGAAGUCGCCUCUGAAGACUCCAGCUCUGACGUUGAGGCCACUGCAGUGGAGAUGUGUGACUGUCCUCACAGUUACAGUGGAACAUCCUGUGAGGUGUGUGCAGAGGGCUACAGAAGGGUUAAUGGGACUGUGCAUCAGGGAGUGUGUGAGCCGUGCCAGUGCCAUGGACACGCAACACACUGCGAUGAUGUCACCGGACACUGCCUGGGCUGUAAACACCACACCACAGGUCCACGCUGCGACAAGUGUGCUCCCGGUUAUUAUGGUGACGCCACCAAAGGAACAGCCAGCGACUGCCAGCCAUGCGCCUGCCCCCUACACGCUCCCGCAAACAACUUCAGUCCAACCUGUCACCAGGAUGCCCACGGUCAGCUGAUCUGUGACCAGUGCCAACCUGGAUAUGCCGGCCCGCGCUGCGACAGGUGUAGUAAUGGUUAUUUCGGUCGCCCCGGUGUUCCCGGAGGUUCCUGCAGGCCGUGUGAGUGUAAUGGGAAUCUGGACCUCUCCGCUCCUCAGAGCUGUGACCCGGUAACAGGUGUGUGUCUGCGCUGCCGGGACGGAUACGGAGGACCGGCCUGCGACACCUGUGCAGAUGGUUACUAUGGAGACGCUGUCGUUGAGAGGAACUGCCAACGCUGUGAGUGUAACACUAACGGGUCAGUGUCCGAGGUGUGUAAUAAACAGAGUGGACAGUGUGAGUGUCGGCAGCACGUCGUCGGCCGCCAGUGCGACGAGUGUAUGCCGGAGACCUACCUGCAGGCCGGCCGUGGCUGUAUACCCUGUCACUGUAACUCGUUUGGCUCCAAGUCGUUUGACUGCAGCGAGAGCGGUCAGUGCCGCUGUCAGCCCGGAGUCGCUGGACAGAAGUGUGACCGCUGCGCUCCGGGACACUUCAACUUCCAGGAGGGAGGAUGCACACCCUGUCAUUGUUCUCACGUAGGGAAUAACUGUGACUCGACCACAGGACAGUGUAUCUGCCCCCCCAACACAGUCGGAGAGAGGUGUGACAGGUGCGCCCCCAACCACUGGGGGCAUGACAUCACCACCGGCUGCAAGCUGUGUGGGUGUGAUGUGUUCGGCUCGGUCUCUCAGCAGUGCAACAUAAACACGGGCUGCUGUAUGUGUCGGGAUCAGUUCAGCGGAGAGAAAUGCAACGAGUGCAAACUGGGCUUCCGCAAUUUCCCACAGUGCAUUUCCUGCGACUGCACACUGGCCGGAUCCACUGCAGACACCUGUGACUCUGACACUGGUCUGUGUGCCUGUGCCGAUCGGAACGGACAGUGCUCCUGCAAGGCUAAUGUGGAGGGCGUGCGGUGCGGCUCCUGUAAGGCUGGGAGGUUUGGACUCAGUGUCAGUAACCCUCUGGGCUGCAGCCACUGUUACUGCUUCGGCAUGAGCAAAUCCUGCACUGAGGCUCAGGGGCUCAUACGCAUGAGGUUGACUCUGAUGCCCGAGCAGACAGUGCUCCCCCUGGUGGACAGGAACAAUGUGAAGGAGACCACGUUCGGGGUGACGUUCCAGCACCCUGAGAUCAUCGCCAAUGCCGACCUGGUCCAACAGGAGCUGACCGAACCUUACUACUGGAGACUGCCCAAACAGUUCAGAGGGUCCAUGAUCACUGCCUACGGUGGGAAACUGAAGUACGCCACCUACUUCGAGGCUCGCGAUGAAACAGGCCGGAGCACCUACGAGCCUCAGGUCAUCAUUAAGGGCGGCCCCAACAGGGACAAGGUCAUGGUCCGCCAUGUGGGGGCGCUGCAGAUCGGCCAGCUGACCCGCCAUGAGAUUGACAUGACAGAGCAUGAGUGGAAGCACCAGGACAACAGGCCGAUGAACCGCGAGGACUUCAUGGACGUUCUCUUCUACGUCGAAUACGUUCUCAUCAGAGCUUCGCACGGCAACAUCAUGAGACACAGCAGGAUUUCGGAGAUUUCUCUGGAGGUGGCGGAGGAGGGCCGUCCCUCGGUGGGGAGCGAGAGAGCGUUCCAGAUUGAAAAAUGCGACUGUCCUCAGGGAUACUCUGGACUGUCCUGUGAGGAAUGUGCUGCAGGCUUCUACAGGCUGUCAGUGCGAGCAGGUGGUCCAGCGUCCAGAGCCGGCAUUGGCAGCUGUGUGAGGUGUCAGUGUAACGGCCACAGCAGCACCUGCGACCCCGAGACCGCCGUCUGCCAGAACUGUCAGCACCACACAGAGGGGGAGAAGUGUGAGAGAUGUUCUCCUGGGUUCUACGGAGUCAUACGAGGGUCUCCAGACGACUGUAAACCCUGCGCCUGCCCAAUGACCAACCCAGAGAACAAUUUCAGUCCCACCUGUGUGGCGGAGGGCUUCAGUGAUUAUCGCUGUACUGCCUGUCCUGAAGGUUACGAGGGAAAAUACUGCGAAAGGUGUGCGGCUGGUUUCCAUGGCGACCCGCAGGUGGUGGGCGGACGAUGCGAGGAGUGUAAGUGUGAUGCGGUCGGCGCGUGGCCAGUCCCGUGUGACACACGCACGGGGCAGUGUCAGUGCAGACCGGGAGCGACUGGACUGAAGUGUGACCACUGCAUGGAGAGGCAUGUGUGUGGACCUGCAGGCAUCGUGUCGUGUGAUGAUGACUGCGCUGGUCUCCUAAUUAGAGAUAUGGAUAAACUGCUGCGUUUGAUCAGCAGCGCCAAUCUCACUCUGCCGCUGCCUCCACCUUACAAAGUGCUCUACCGCUUCGAGAACAUGACCGAGGAACUCAAGCACAUGCUUUCACCACAGAGGGCGCCAGAGAGACUGUUGCAGCUCGCUGAUAGCAACCUGGGCAGCCUGGUCACUGAGAUGGACGAAUUACUGAACAGGGCCACAAAAGUGUCAGCAGAUGGAGAACAGACGGAUGCCGACGCUGAGAGGAGCCGAAAAAGAGCAGAAGAGCUGGAGAUGUUCGUCAAGAACACCCUGCUUGCUGCUGAAGCUCUGAGGGAUAAAGCUCGUGAGCUGAAUGAGUCUCUAGGCCGGAGGGACGGAGAACCGGAGAAGAGCCUGAACGAAAUGCAGGAUGAGAUUAAGGCCAUGCUGAACGAGCUCCGCAAACGCCAACUCAACCCUCACAAGCACAGCGCGCAGGAGGAGCUCAGGGCUGCGGAGGCUCUGUUUGCGAAGGUGAAGCGUUUGUUUGGAGACCCUCACCAGGCGACUCAGGAUCUGAGGGAGGAGGUGGGGGAGAAGUUGGGGGACUACAAGACCAAACUGGACGACGCUCAGCAGCUCCUGAACGAGGCUCAGAGCAAAACCAGACAGGCUGAGGCGCUGACCCACAGCAGCCAGCACAGCCUGGACAGCCUGCAGAGAAAGAGGGAUCAGACCAAUAAAGGAAAGAAAGAAACGGAAGGAAUACUGGAGGAUGGAGAAAAGUUCCUGCAGGAGGCCAACGGGCUCUCGGACAACAUCAACCGGGGCAUCGAGGAGCUGGAGGAGAUGGAGCACGAGCUGGGUCCACUGCAUGACCAACUGGACUAUAAAGUGGGGCGACUGGCGAAAGGUCUGGAGGACAACACCCUGCCUGAUUUACUGCUGAGAGCAGAGGGCCACGCUGCUCAGCUCAACGACUCCGCCAACAUCCUCGACAACAUUCUGGCUGAGGCUAAGAAUCUCUCCUUCAAUGCCACGGCUGCCUUCAACGCCUACACCAACAUUAAAAACUUCAUUGAAGAAGCAGACAAAGCAGCCAAGGAGGCUAAAGCUACAGCUAUAGAGGCUGUACAACUGGCCACAGGUCCUAAAGGUCCUCUCAAAGACAACGCCAGAAGCUCGGUGCAGAAAAGCCAGCGCUUGUGGAACGAGGCUAAGAAGCUGGAGAACGAUGUUAAAGAGAAUGCAGACAAUCUGGGGGUUCUGCAGCUCCGGCUCAAAGGAGCAGACGCCAAGAACAAAGACCUGCUGAAGGGCCUGAACGAAACCUUGGAGAUCCUCCGUGCCAUCCCCAACGACACGGCGGCUAAAAUCCAGGCUACGAAGCUGAAAGCAGGAGAGGCCAACGACACGGCGCUGGAGGUUCUGGCUCGGCUCAAAGACAUGAACCUCAACCUGAUGGGUCUGAAGAGGAACUACAGCAAACUGGAAGACGACGUGAAAAAGGCCAACAACCUGAUCCAGGACCCCGAGAAAAACACGAUCAUCCACGCAGCGGGCGCUAAAGUGAAGGACCUGGAGGACGAGGCCGACCGUCUGCUGGAGAAACUGAAGCCCAUUCAGCAGCUGCAGGACAACCUGCGCAAGAACAUCUCUCAGAUCAAGGAGCUCAUCAACCAGGCCCGCAAACAGGCCAACUCUAUUAAAGUGUCUGUGUCGUCGGGUGGAGACUGCAUCCGCACCUACCGGCCGGACAUUAAGAAAGGCCGCUACAACACCAUCAUCCUCAACGUGAAGACCCUCGCCGCCGACAACCUCCUGUUCUACCUCGGCUCCGCCCAAUACGUGGAUUUCCUGGCGAUUGAGAUGAGGAAGGGUAAGGUCAACUUCUUGUGGGAUGUGGGGUCAGGGGUCGGCCGAGUGGAGUACCCCGACCUCGUCAUUAAUGACGGAAACUGGCACCGGAUCGAAGCCUCGCGUGUGGGUCUGAAUGGCAGCAUAUCGGUCCGAGCGCUGGAGGGACCCAAAGCGGGCAUCAUGCCCACCUGGCGCAGUGCCAAUGCCCCCGAGAGCUACACGGUGCUGGACGUGGACCAGAAUGCCUACCUGUUCGUAGGAGGCAUGUUGGGGAAUGUGAAGAAAGCAGAUGCGGUGAAGACGAUCACGUUCUCCGGCUGUAUGGGAGAGACGUAUCUGGAUGGUAAACCCAUCGGCCUCUGGAACUACAGAGAGAGAGACGGAGACUGUAAAGGAUGUGUGGUCAGCCCCCAGCCUGCAGACUCCGAGGGUACGGUGCAGUUUGAUGGUGAAGGUUACGCUGCUGUCAGUCGACCAACCAGAUGGAACCCCAACAUCACAACGGUGAUGUUCAAGUUCCGCACCUUCUCCACCAACGCGCUAAUGAUGUACCUCGCCACCAAGGACAUGAAGGACUUUAUGAGUAUAGAGCUGAGUGAUGGUCAUGUGAAGGUCAGUUAUGAUCUGGGUUCUGGUACCGGCUCCGUCACCAGUACCAAACGGCACAAUGACGGCCGGUGGAAAUCCCUCACCAUGUCCCGCAGCAGGAAAGAAGGUACGGUGACCAUUCUGGACAUGGACUCAAACACUGAGGAGAAGCUCUACCCUGAGUCUAAGGGUGGAGCUACUGGCCUCAACCUGAAGGAAGAUGAGAGGAUUUACUUCGGAGGGUUACCGACCAUCGGGAACUACAGGCCUGAGGUGACUCUGAGGAGGUACGCCGGCUGUCUGAAAGAUAUAGAAGUUUCCAGAACUCCAUACAACCUGCUGAGCAGCUCCGACUACACCGGACUCACCAAGGGCUGCUCCAUAGAGAAUCUGCACACUGUGAGUUUCCCCAGGCCGGGCUAUAUGGAACUGAGUCCUAUGGUGUUUGAUGUUGGCUCUGAGAUCACGCUGUCCUUCAGCACUAAGAGUGAGAACGGCAUCAUCCUCUUCGGCCGGGGUGGCGUCACCACCAUGACCCAAAUCUCCCAGAACCGGAACCUCUUCCAGAACCCACGCCGCAACCGCAGACAGACUGGUGAGCCCUUUAUCUCAGUACAGUUGAAUAAAGGUUCUCUGGAGGUUCUGGUCUUCACUGGCAGUAGAAACCCGCGGCGCGCUCUCAGGAAACCGGAGGAGGGAAUUUUGCACGAUGGCCGAGAGCACUCGCUGCGCAUCCGCCGACACAGAGAAGGGUCUUUCUCAGUGCAGGUGGAUGAAGAGACGCGGAUGGAGCAGGCGUUACCCAGCGAUCAUCCAAUCAGCAUCCACAGACUGUUUAUAGGCGGAGUUCCUGCUGACGUACAGACCGGCCUGCAGAGGCCCAGCGUGCCCUUCGAGGGCUGCAUCUGGAACCUGCUGAUCAAUACAGUGCCCGUGGACUUCUCCCAGCCGGUGGCCUUCGAGAACGCUGAAAUCGGACGGUGUCCCGAUGUAGCCCCGCCCCCUCCACCGCCUGUGGAGGAAGAGGAGGAGGAAGAAGAGGAAGAAGAAGCGGCCCCACUCAAACCAGAAGCCACACCCACAGAGGCAGCAAAGCCACCGCCCCCACCUUCCACUGUCUCCUGUGCAGCAGAGAAGGAGCCUGUUGUCCUGGAGUUAGCAAAACAGUUCGGCCUGUCCAGAAACAGUCACAUGGCUUUCGAGUUCGACGACAGGAAAGUCAAGAACAGUCUGGCCAUUGAGUUUGAGCUGCGGACUGAGGCGGACUCUGGGCUGGUGUUCUACAUGGCCAGGAUAAACCACGCUGAUUUCGCCACCGUCCAGGUGAAGGAGGGCAUGGCCCACCUGAGCUACGACCUGGGCAGCGGAAACACAUCUGUCAGCGUCCCCCGAAUCAUCAACGACGGACACUGGCACAAGAUCCGAGUGCGGAGGGACAAGCAGAGAGGAAUCCUGACUGUAGAUAAUCGAUAUUCCAAACACACAGUCAGCCCGAAGAAGGCUGAUAUACUGGAUGUGGUCGGGAUGCUGUAUGUGGGAGGACUUCCGCUGAACUACACAACCAAACGCAUUGGACCGGUGGUCUACAGCAUCAAUGGCUGCAUCAGAAACUUCCGGAUGCUGAAUGUGGACAUGGAGAAUCCCACCUCCAGCUAUAGGGUGGGCUCCUGCUUCGCUAACCCGCAGCCUGGGACUUACUUUGAUGGCACUGGAUACGCUAAAGCAGUGUCCACAUACCGCGUGGGUAACGACGUGUCUGUGGACGUGGAGUUCCGCACCAGCACCAGCAGCGGAGUCCUACUGGGCAUCAGCAGCCAGAAGAUGGACGGGCUGGGAAUAGAACUGGUGAAUGGAAAGCUCAUGUUCCACGCUGAUAACGGGGUGGGCCGGGUCACCGCUGUGUACGAGCCUGCGCAGGGGGCGGGGCUCUGUGACGGUCAGUGGCAUUCUGUCUCCGCCCACAAGCUGAAACACCGCCUGGAGCUGAUUGUAGACGGCGUUAAAUCUGAGGCGGCGAGUCCGGACCCCCGCUCCGCGUCCGCCGACACCAAUGACCCCGUCUACGUUGGGGGAUACCCGGAGGGUCUGAAGCAGUUUGGUCUGACCAUCAGCACUCCGUUCAAAGGCUGUAUGAGGAACCUGAAGCUGACCAAAGCAGGGAAGGUUCUGGAAGUUCAGCUGAACAAAGCGCUGGAGAUCAAAGGAGUGCAGCCCCUCACCUGUCCCGGAGCUUAAAAGCCUCCAACUUGUCCCACGGUUUCAAGCUGAUCACUUGACCCUGAAUCAAAGAAGAAAGAAUCAAAUGAAUAGAGCAACGUUCUCCAACCCUGGUCCUGCAGAGCUGCCUUCCCACAGAGCCUAGUUCCAACACAGUUAGCCACA